AUGCGGAAGGCGAAACGUGUCCAGAAGGAUACAGCCCCGCAAGCAAAGAAGCUCUCCCAGGAGGAGAUUACUCAGAGAAUUCGGGAUAAGAUUCCCAUCAAACAGAGCGAAUUACCGCCUCCCCCAGAACGUCAUGAAGACUUGGCUGACCAUAUCAUGGGAGAUCUCUUCCUGCAGGCCGAAUUCGAACACCUUCAAAGUCACAAGGAGAUGGACUCGUGGACCGUGAUC